UUCUUCUUCUCAACUCAAAGAACAAAGUCAGAGAGGGAGUCAUAGCUGAUAACAGAGUCCAUUCUAUUUCAAUCACCAAUGGCUCCUUCUUUCACCAGCGCCAAAAUCUUCUCUUCGUUCUUCCCCCAUGUUCUCACUAGACGUGGGUACGCGGUGGCAUCGCAGAACGCAACAAAAGGAGGGGUGGCUUCCAUGACCUCCAAAAUUGCAACAACGUCAGGAGAAGACAAAGGAGUGUCUCCCUACAAGGUUUCCUGGGUUCCAGAUCCUGUCUCUGGCUAUUACAAACCCGAGAACAUUAACGAGGUUGAUGUCGCUGAAUUGCGCGCUGCGCUUUUGGCCAAAAAAUUCAACAACUCAUCUCAAUCAAUUAAUUAAAAAAUUGAGAUUAAUGAUUUAACCUGUCCAGUUUAAUCAGGCUUACCGGCUCCUUGCUUGGUUAAUUAAUCUUAGACUGGAAUAUUAAUGAUGCUGAUAUGCUCUGUUCUCUCUUCAUGAAGAGAACACCUUGUUUAUCUUCCCUUGCAUCUGAUGAGUUUUCUUCACUUUUAGAAGUCAAUAAAUGGCGAUUAGUGAUGCA